UAUUUUUUGUGUUCAUUAUUUCCUUCUCCUUGAAAACUGACUAGCUGUUCUGGCAGUGGGAACAGAAGCAGGAAAAAGUUCCAGAAAUUCUGGUAAGGAACGAAGAAAAGCAAAGCAAACGCAGCGUUUUUCGUUUCUUUUCGUGUCGCUGCUGGUUAUGGAUGGAAUGUACGGAGUGCCGCCGGAGUACGCCGACAAGGCCCUCAUGACGCCGGAGAAUCUGAUUUUCCCGCCGGACUACCACCACGCCUUCCUCUCCGCCGGCCGGAUUCCGCUGUUCGGAUCCGACGAGCUCUUCUCUUCCGCCGACGGAAUUCACAGGCAGCAGGACGAAGAUGACGUGGCAACCACCACCGUCAUGAAGGCCAAAAUCGUCUCUCAUCCUCAGUACUCUCGCCUCCUCCAAGCUUACAUCGACUGCCAGAAGGUUGGGGCGCCUCCGGAAAUAGCGCGUUUGUUGGAGGAAAUCCGGCGAGAAAACGACCUAUGCAAGAGCGACGUCGUUUCUUCUUCCACGUGCUUUGGAGCCGAUCCCGAGCUUGACGAGUUCAUGGAAACCUACUGUGACAUGCUGGUGAAGUAUAAAUCCGACUUGGCUCGCCCUUUUGAGGAAGCAACCACCUUCCUCAACAAGAUCGAAAUGCAGCUCAGCCAUCUCUGCACUGGCGCUUCCGUUUCGAACGUUUCUGAUGAUGGGGGGGUGUCUUCGGACGAAGAUUUGAGCACCGGAGAUGGUGAUGCUCAAGAUGGCCAAUUAAAGGGUGAAGAUCGUGAGCUCAAAGAUAGGCUUUUACGUAAGUUUGGGAGUCACAUCGGUACUUUGAAACUCGAGUUUUCAAAGAAGAAAAAGAAGGGUAAGCUUCCGAAGGAAGCAAGACAAACAUUGCUUCAAUGGUGGAAUGUUCACUACAAAUGGCCUUACCCUACGGAAGCUGAUAAGAUUGAACUGGCUAAGUCAACAGGGCUAGACCAGAAGCAAAUUAACAAUUGGUUUAUAAACCAAAGAAAACGACAUUGGAAACCAUCCGAGAAUAUGCAGUUUUCUAUGAUGGAAAAUCUUAACGGACGGUUCCUUGCUGAUGAAUGAGGUGCAUGUACAUGAUAUUCUCAAAUGUAUAUCCCGAUUAAUUAUUGCUUGUAUUUUUAUUUUUUUUGUAAAUUCUGAAUUAAAAGCAGAUUACUGACAGUAAAAUGCUUAUUACUUUCCCAUGAAGGAAAAGGGAAAUGAUCAUAAUACUAUUCUUGAUAAUAACCACUGACAUUGUGAAUGAACGCUUAA